AUUUGAGCCUUUUUUUAAUUUGCAUUUCUCGCAAAAAGAAGAUAAAAAGGUAAAAAAAGAAGAAAAAAAAAAGAAAAAAGAAAUAAAAUGAAAGAACGAACGUACCACUUUCACUUUCCAAGGACACCGGAAGACGCAAAGGAUGAGAAGAGAGAAAGAGAGGAAAAGGAGAAAAAAAGGCCGGUCGACUUUCACUUUUCGAAAGUCGUGCAAAGUAGUGAAGAAAGAAGAGAAGGAGGAGAAAGAGGUGAAAGAGAAAGAGGAGGAGGAGAAGGAGGAGGAGGAAGAGGAGGUAUAACACACGAGAUACACGAAGAGGAAAGUGGCUCUAUGAAUUUUUCCGGGAAGCAAAAUACAUAUGGCCUUUCGAUUUCUCGAGUGAUAUCGUGAACGCCGGAAAUGCAUCGAGGUAAUAUGGAUCAGUAGACGGCGACGACGACGACGACGACGACGACGAGGACGACGACGAGGACGACGAUAGUGCGUACGUUGAAGGAGGUCAAAUCAGUAAUUUACCGACCAUGAAAAUUGCCAUCAACCUUCUUUGUCUUUCUCCGGUUCUUCCGUCGUGUCCCAAAUCGAUGUUAUCGUCGAUACUCUUACAAUUUAUCCGAAACAUUAAACCAAUUUCUCUAACUUAGCUGGACAAUGAUUUCUACAAAAGAGACAGGUGGAAGAAUUAGUUUCAUUUCGUGAAGCAAUUUUCACGUACAAACGAGCGAAAGUUGAAAUUUUGACUUGAGGACAAAGAAAUUUUAGGCUUUUAGUUGAACGAUUAUUCGAAAGGAAAGAUUUAAGGAAGACUAGAGGAUGUCGCGAGAAGGUGCGUGAUUGUUACGGGUGACCGGUGUAAUUAGUGCGUGACGAAUGUCUUUCUUCUUUCACCGCGUGCCAGUGACAGGGUACGGUCUUUUCAAGUUCAUUCGAUAAAAUACGCCAACGUAAACGUGCCAAUAUGUCUUGCAUAUAUUUAUUUGCAAAUAUAUCGUUUGUCGAUUAUAAGAGACAGCUCCGGUCAGUUGGAUUUUAUCUGAUCCAUAGAUCGUUCCUUGUCUUUAUCUUGGUCCUAUUGUUCGAAUGAUCGCCGAGACUAUCGCCGAAGAAGACGAGUGUGGAAAGGAGAAAUGGCGAAGUUAGAACAUGUUAAAAAGAAGGAGAGAGAGAGAGAGGAGACGAAUCCGUUUCCUCGGUGACCAGGCUAGACAAGGACAAGGAAAUCCAACAGCGCCAGGUCGAGAAGGAGAUGUAAAAUGGACCAAGUACAUUCGAAGUGGGGACCUGGAUUAAAAGCAAACGAGGCCAACCUCUCAGUAACAGAACCAUCACGGACCUUGAAGAGGCGAGGUCGUUCUUUGUUACUCUUCUUUCUAUCUGCUCCUCUUGGCUGACUAUUACUGCUACUAGUGUGCACGUUGCCGUGGCCGCCAACGAUAACGGGUUCUCACUUUGAGACUCGACAACGAUUCGCCUUGUUCAUGUAAUUAAACAUCUCUACGUUGGAAGGCUUUAUCGUGUAAUUUGGUACACCAUAUCUACACGAUGGCGAUCACGAACGGAACGAUCUGUUUGCUUCUUUUAAUCUUCAUCCUAGAAGGUUCUUAUUGCAACACAAGAUACUUUGUUAAAAUGAGGACCAAUGCCUCCGAAUUGUUCAAAACGAAGAACGAAAAUCUUCGAAUACCUCAGGAAACAAUUGCUAUGACUCAAGGCCCGUUAUCCGAUGAAACUAGGGACGAUCAACGUAAUAACGAUGAAAGAAUGAUUCGAGAUGCCUUGACCCUGGAAUACGACAGACGAAAUACUUUUGAGACCUCCACAUUCAAUCCCGAUGUACUCAACAAGUUCCUCGAGGAUUACGCCAAUAAAAUUAAAAGUUCUACGGAAAAAGACUUUAAGCUUCCGUUGAAAUUCUCUAAACCAACGGUGGAUCCGCUCAUUCUCGAAGUCGACGAGUCUACCACUGAUUCUUUCACUACUAUACUCGACGAUGAAAAAUCCACUUUGGAUCCUAUCAAUUCUACUUUAAACGAGGACAAACUUAGUGAGAUUUUGAAUGAUACAUUGAAAAGAAAUAAGUAUUACGGUAUGAACUCUCACGACGAUAGAAAUGGUUGGGUUACGCUAGAUGCAAUACCAUGGUCCAAAAGUAAAAUUUCAAAGUGGCAGGCAAAUCCAAGUACUCAACGUCCUUGGCCAGAGAUAAAACCAUGGGAGAAACCUAGCAUGGCUAAACCAUGGACGUCCGAUUAUUCCUCCAGGCCGACUUAUGAAAACAACAAACCUUGGCACGAAAAGCCAAAACCUUAUUGGCAAGAAAACGGUAAUGAAAAACCAUGGCAAAAACCAUCGUCGUCCUCUCGUCCGUCUUAUUAUCCAGACAAGUACGAUCAAGUUUCCAAUCAAGCUCAAAAGUGGCCACCGGAGAAGCCAUCUUGGGACAAAUACCCUUCUAAUAUUCAUCGGCCAACCGAUAUUAUAACCGACGACAGGCCUACCAAUUUUCCAAAUACAUGGAACAACAGACCUCAAUCAUCUAGACCUCAUCCUUUUUUAGACAGAUAUCCUGAAAGCAAUCAUGCCGACGAGACUAACAACGAUUGGCACGACUUUCCACCGAGAACCGAAUCAUUGGACAGACCUAGACCAAGCGACAGACCAAAUUUCUCGCAUUAUCAAUACGGUAAUAAUCAUCCAUCUUCUCAUCCAUCUAACGGAGAUGGACAAUGGGUUCUUCUAUCAACGAACAGAGGAUAUUCCAAGUCCCGUCAGAGAUCCAUCAAAAUCGACACAUUGACUCCUGAACUGGUCAAACUAUUGAAUGGAAAUAAAACGAAAUCCAGCAACAAAGAGAACGUCGAUCCAACCGUUGCCGUUAUGACAUCAAAGCGGCAGGUCAGGUUGACGGUGUUACCGUCGAUCAACGGCACCAACACUACGACAUCGCACGGCGGUCUCUUAGAAGUCGAGAGGACUUUCAAGAGCGUCGAUCAGAGCCGAAAGGAAUACGAGAGAGACAGAACGACAACAUUACCGACUAUAUUGAAAAAACGACCGAUCAGGAACACAUUGAACGGCGGGGGUCAAGUUUCAAGUUCAGCGGUUCUCGCGGCAGUCGGAGCAGGUAUGUUACCGGCGACUAUGGCAAUGAUGAUUCCUAUGAUGCUCGGACGAAAGAAACGGGAUCUGACGUUGAAAGAGGACACACUGCGGAAGUUUCACGGUCUUGGAAUAAAUUUGCAUAAUCUUGGAAAGAAAUACGAGGGCUCGAAGAAAAGAUAUUUCUGAUCGUAGAUCAAAUUCGUAUGGCGCACGAGAAAGGAGGUUUACACGCGUCUUAAAAUCGUGAUGCGAUCGUUACAGGUACAAUUAGGUAGUAUCUAUGGAAUAUAAUACCGAUACUAUAGUUAUAUAUAUACUUUAUAAGGAACAUCGUGAUUCGACGGGGCAAAUCGACGAACGGAAGUGUUGUUGCACUCGCUUGAUCAUGAAAGUUCUGUUAUGGCAAACGGUCCUGUAACGCCUAUCUCCACCGUGUCAUUCAAUGACUACGUAGUUUCUACAAACGGGGUCACUACCGUAUUUUACAUGAUUUAUACAUAUACAUAUACAUAUACAUAUAUAUGUGUGUGUGUGUGUGUGCACCCUUUUGAACGGUCUAGCGUAAGAGGACUUUGCGUUUACUAUCAAGAAAUAUAGACAGUCAUUGAUAUCGAUGGAUUAUGCGUUAGCUAGAACAUAUAGACAAAAUGCGUACAUAUAUUGUGGAUGGUGGCGUAGGAUCGAUCGCGGUUAAAGCACACCUGUUGCAUCCUGAAUAGAUUGGAUAACGAGUAUAACAGUAUGGUAUUAUACUGAACUAGGGUUACUGUUACAGGGGACAUUCAAUAUUUACUUUCCAUUUAGUUACGAUUUACCGACUGACCGAUAGCCCUUUAGUAUAUUUUUCUUUGAUGAAUGUCGACCUAUAGAAUCCGAAGAUUACGUAGCUAAGAGAGAAUGAAACAUUAAUUCGUUUGAUUAUUGUUACGGAUAAUUUAUUGCUAUUUAUUAUCGUAUUUAUUUCGAUAUGUUUAUUCAUUAAUGUUAUAGGAAUAUCGAAUGAAUGUCUCUCUCAUUGAUAUAUAUAUAUACAUAUAUAUAUUUUUUUUUUCUUUUUUCUUUCAACAUUUUAUUUUUAUUUACACGGCACAGAAUACUGCCUAGCAAUAUUUACUUUAACUUAUUUAUUUAUUUAUUUAUUUAUUUAUUUAUAUAUAUAUAAAUACGUAAUAAACACUCUACUAGAUUUUUAUAUAUCCUCGUACCGAGAGGAGGGAAGAGACACACGUACAUGAAAAUGUAACAUAAAGUGAAUUUUCAAUAAAACAACGUGUGCGUGCGCGUGUGUUCGUUUGCGUGUGUGUAAACAUGGGGUGACAGUCUUGUAAAAAAAAAUACCCACUACCUUUUUCAAACGUGUUUUCUCGGUACUUCUCCCUUUUUUUCUUUUUCUUUUUUUUUCUCUCUUUGAAACAAUAAAAUUCCGAUAAAAAAAAAAA